AUGGAGUUCUUCUUCCCCGCCGACGUCUUUGCCGCUCACCCGCGUCAGGGCCCUACUGCUCGCACCACUGCCUUCGGUGCCGGUCCCUCCAGCAACGUCUUCAGCGGAUGCGGCUUUGACAGCCACCCGUCGUUUGCAGACGCGCUCUUCGAUGCAAUACAACAGGAGCGCGCCGCUCAUGCUCGUGCCCAGGCUCAGCGCGCCGCUCGCGCCGAAGCCGCCCGCCGAGCAAAGGCAGCCGCUGCACGUCGCGAAGCGGAAGAGCGAGAGCGCCAGGCUCAAGCCUACUUCCAGCACAUCCUCGAGUUGCAGCAGCGCGAGGCCCAGCGCAGAUACCAACUUGAACAGCUCCACCGCCAGCGACAGGAAGCUCAGCGCCGUCAGCAGUACCAAGAGUACCAGCGCCGCAAGGCCUACGCCAUCGAGAAGGAGCGCCAGCGCAUUGCUGCUGCCAAGGCAGCCGAGGACCAAUCCAAGCACCUCUUCCUCGCUCUAGAGGAUCUGAUCUUUGGCGGUCUCAAUGAGUUCUACCGCGCAUGCCAGCAGCAUAACGACGAGGACGGCAGCGAGAUGGACGAAGUCGAACUGGCUCACAAGAACGACACCUACCAAUCCACCAGCACUGCUGCGGCCGCUCCUCAGACUCCGGCUGUCGAUAUCAAGGGCAAGGGCAAGGCUCAGGACAACGAUGAGGACAUCAAGCCAGCUAUGGAAGUGGACAGCGACGAGACGGCCGCCGCGGCAGCAGCAGCUCUUAUGGCCACCGACGAGGACCCUGAAGAGGUCGGACCCGUACCCACUUCUCCCACCAUUGCGGCCUCGCCUUCUCCUGCUCCGGUGACUUCCACCAAGACAGAACAGAUCGUCUUCACGCAUGCCUUCCCCGCCGACCCGAGCUUCGACAAGUCCACCGUUCGUGCCGAUCAGAUCAACGUCUCAGUCGACGAGACUCAGCGCAAGGUGACCGUCUCCGGGCUUUGGAACAAUCAGCCCACUUCGUCCACCACCGAUGACGCCUCAUCUUCGCCUGGUCGCGCUGCUAGCCCUACGCCGAGCGACAGCUCUUCUCGCCGCGGUCGAUCGCGCUCUCCCAAGCGAGCCCGUGUUUCCGACGUCGACGAGAACGGUAACGAGAUUGCCACUCCAGACGCUGACACCAACGACGAUGACUUUGUCGAGGUCAGCUUCACCCGCGCUGCGCCUGCACAGGCUAAAGUGGAAAGGACCUUUGACCUCCCCGCUGGUGCCAACAUCGAAGACCUCCGCGCUGAGCUCACCGACGACGGCCUCAAGCUCUUCACCUCUGUCUCUGCCUAA